AUGGCGGCGGCCGGUGGCGGAGGAGGAGGCGGAGGGCGAGCCACCACAUCCGGCUGCGGUCUCAAGCGCCGCUACGCACCACACGACCAGGAGGAGGAGACGAUGAAUCAAGAUCAGUCUUCUAAGGAAGAUUGGUGUGGGCGAUUGUGGAAUGGGAUGGACUUGCUCAAGGACGUCACUGAAAACAAGCAUGUCCUCCCUACUGGACUUGAAGGCAUUGACACACUUCUUGGAGGCGGCCUGUGCCAAGGUCAGCUGACAGAGGUUACUGGACCAUCAUCUUCUGGUAAAACACAGGUCUGUCUACAUUCUGCUUCACAUGCUGCAGUGAAGCAUAUGGGUGUGGUUAUGUACUUGGAUACUAGUAAUUCCUUCUCUCCUAGUCGCAUUGCCACCAUAAUUGAUGGAACUAACGACCUAUCUGAUCAAAGAGGUUUUGACUUGCCACAUAAGGAGAGGCUCAAGACCAUGAUGAGAAGCAUCGUCUGCAAGUCUGUGUUUGAUAUAUUUGGUAUGUUUGAAGUAUUACAUCAACUUGAAGUCUCUCUACUGAAUGACAAGGUAAAAAGUGGUGGUAGGAAAAUUUGCUUACUUAUCAUUGACUCGAUAUCAUCCUUGCUUGCUCCCAUCAUUGGUGGCAAGUAUCCACAAGGGCGGUCGAUGAUGAUAUCAGUGGCGAUGAUUCUAAAGAAGUUAGCCUAUAAGCAUAAUCUAUCUGUUCUGGUAACCAACCAUAUGGUUUCAGCUGGCAAUGGAGCUGUCAAGCCUGCUCUUGGUGAGAGCUGGAAAGCUGUUCCACAUGUCCGCCUGGUGAUAUCACGUGAACAUGGUAGUAAUAUCUGCACAGCAACUGUGCUGAAGCACACACUACUGGUAUUUCCUUUGGCAAUUUGA